CGCAAGCCCACCGAGCCGGCACCAAUCUCGCGCACGAUCGCACGGUCGAAUAUUGCUCUGUUCUUUCUUUCUUCUUCCCCAAUCCGAAGUUCCGAACAGCUAUCGAUUGAGAUUUUGAGAAGCGAGACCGCGCCUGCUUUUGCUACAUCCGAUUUACCAGGAUGGUUGGAUCCAUGGAUGUCCCGGCGAAGGGCGGGUUCAGCUUCGAUCUGUGCCGGAGGAACGACAUGCUGGAGAAGAAGGGCCUCAAGGUCCCAGGCUUCAGGAAGACGGGUACUACAAUCGUCGGUCUCGUCUUUGCGGAUGGGGUUGUUCUUGGAGCAGAUACAAGGGCAACUGAGGGUCCUAUAGUCGCCGACAAGAACUGCGAGAAAAUCCACUAUAUGGCUCCUAACAUAUAUUGUUGUGGAGCAGGAACUGCUGCUGAUACCGAGGCUGUAACAGAUAUGGUCAGCUCCCAGCUCCAGCUCCACCGUUAUGCAACUAGUCGUGAAUCAAGAGUUGUAACUGCUCUUACACUCUUGAAGACUCACCUUUUUAGCUAUCAAGGUCAUGUUAGUGCUGCACUUGUUCUUGGUGGAGUUGAUUGUACCGGACCACAUCUACACACAGUUUAUCCACAUGGUUCAGUGGACACACUGCCUUUUGCCACAAUGGGUUCAGGGUCCCUUGCUGCAAUGUCAGUAUUUGAAUCAAAAUACAAAGAAGGCCUCACAAGAGACGAGGGAAUAGAACUUGUAUGUGGAGCAAUUCGCGCUGGUAUCUUCAACGACUUGGGUAGUGGCAGCAAUGUCGAUGUUUGUGUAAUCACAAAGGGUAAGACAGAAUACUUGCGGAACCACGAGUUGCCAAACCCUAGGACUUAUGCCAGCUCGAAGGGAUUCAGCUUUGUUCAGGGACAUACUGAGGUAUUGUCCACAAAGAUCACUCCUUUGAAACCGAAGCCAGAGGUCACCGUGGGGGAUGCGAUGGAAGAGUGAUCGUAUCUGGCUCUCUACAUGGCAGUGGUUUCAGAUAUCCGUAUGUGUUGUCCGUAUGUUUCUAGGGAACCUUCACGAGCAAAUGAUGGGAUCUCUUCUCUGUUUUCUACUGUUGUAUUUGCCGGAUUCAGUGCAGAAUAUUGUUUCCACAUAUCCCGAUAUCCGUUCCUGCUGAGGUCUGAUAUAUUAAUACACACUUGCCUGAAUUUUUUGUGUGAUUGGGUUGAUUUCCUUGCUUA